AGGACUUGGCCCUCAGCACCUUGAAAUUUGUUCGAAAUCGUCUUGCAGAGGUCCAAGGCACGAUGUUGUCUUUAGAUCGAUUGAUGCUCCCGGUCUUGGCCAAAGGCAAAAUGAAAAACUCCGAAAACUACAUUUGGAACAACGUUGCGUUCACAAAUUGGUCGCGGAAUUAUGAGUAUGCAAAGACUCACUGCGCGCCUGGGAUCCUCUCACACGCCCACGAGGCUCGAGCAACCAUCGUGGAAUUGGAAUCAGAGAUUCAGGACCUCGAUGUUGCCCAAGUCGAGAAGAAGAUCGGAGAUGUCGGGAAAUCACUCAUCUCCUUGUGCAAGAGCUCCUGCAAACUCUUCAACGAGCACGAUGCCCUCCCUGAUGACCCAGUGAUUCCGGAUGUCCAACUGUUGCCUGAUAUUCCAGAAAGCUUGAAAUCGGUGGAGAAACAACUGGAGUCGGAAAGGAAAUGCAUUGAAUCAGGAAGCUCUUUGAGCAGUGUGGGGUACCUUUCGAGAUCUGGUUGGAUCUCAACAAUCCUUCCGUCGAAAAUGGAAUUUGCCAAGUUCAUCAUGAAAGUCACACUGGAAAGGCCAGAUGACUUUGAUCAGCCAGAUAUCCAGCAUGUGGAGUUCUGGAAGCGAAUGGGUUUCGAAGAUAUUGCUGAAGUGGUGCAAUUGCGAAGUGGUGGAGAGCCUGUGCUGGGCGUGAGUUGUACUGGUUUGGAGGCGCUUUGUGGUCAACGACAUGCCGACUUGCUUCGGCAACUGCCCUUGGAUCCCAAGGUAGGGCCAAUGACGGAAAUGGUAUUGGAUGACAAGGGCCGAUGACGGAGGUCACGGGUAAGUAGGGGUGUCCAAGACCUAGCGCUUCGAAUGGUUCAAAGCCUCUUGUUCCUUGAAUGUGUAGCCUUGUGCUGUAAGUUUAAGCCGUCCAAUGACUCUGAGGAGACCAUGGAAGGCACACAACAGAAGAAUUUCUUGCAUUGUUUCCUUCUUGUGCUACUUUUGCUUCUUGCUUCUCAAGUGAUGUUCGUGUUGUUUUGGACCAUAUAGUAUCCUCCAAGGACAGUCGCGUUUGAACCUGCCACGACAGACACAGGCAACACAUGGCAACCCUGGAGAGACACGUUAAGGUAACUGUGGUGAAGAAACUACAGACGACUCGAGGCCAUCGCUUCUAGGUUGGAGGCCAUCGCUAUUAGGUUGGAGGCCAUUGCUUGGAGGCAAUCUUUUAUUCCUUUUUUUGCCGUUUUUUUUGUUGCCAUCACAUGUGAUAUUGUUUCACGCGCCGUGUUGCACGUGGUUGCUGUUUCUCGGAUCACUACUAACUAGGGCAUCGCUAGCAGUAACAAGUGCAUCGCUACUAGUAACAAGAAGCCACUAGGAGCAAAGGGCAUCGCUACUAGGAGCAAGGACGCUACUAGGGGCUCCUAGCAUCGCUACUAGGAGCAAAGGACGCUACUAGGGGCUCCUGGCAUCGCUACUAGGAGCAAAGGA